GUCGGUGUUAACCAAAACCCGUUGCAUGACCGCACUCACCCGAUGAGCGAACCAUGUAGCGAAUCGCGCUGGGCGUCGCCGGCAAAAGUGAAGCGGGUACAGGCAUGUCUCGAGGCAAGAAGCUGUCUGCUCAGUCCCCAGCUUGCACACGAUUAUCCACCACCAAAUGAUGAGGUUCAUAGUAUUCUCCUCUCUACCUUUUGCUUGACGCUUUCCUUCCCACAACAUCUAAGCGAACUGCAGAAGCGCCAAAAUCCCCAGCACCGUCAUCUUUCUUGUCUGUUACAUGCAUAUCGUGGCGGCACUAUUUUCACCACCGAAAUGGAGAUUCUUCUUUCUAGGAUGCGAGUUGCUGCUCCGACAGAGGGAUCGUAUUCGAGGGGGAACAUUUCAUUCUAAAUUCACAUAUCUUCAAGUUUUGGGCUUUCCUUUGCCGCCAACGUUGACCCAGUGCUGUUGUAUUUGCAUGCAAGCCAACAGGCAGGCCAGUUCAGGGUCGAUCGCAGCAAAACAUGCGACGUCGCUGCGUUCCUGACCAUUCCGAUAUGCGCCAUUUCCCCCUAAUCUUUCCCGCUCGUUUCCCAUCACCUUGGGAUGGUCCAAAUCCCAUCUCGUGGGCACUUGCUUGCCGUUCGCGGUGAAAAUAUCCUAUCUCGUAUCGCUUUUAGAGACAAAUCGAAGCAUUGCCAGCAAUCUUACACGAGCACCUGAAUGUUCUGUGAAGUACGCACUGUUUUUUCUUCUCGGGAGCCCGACAUACGAAGAGCGAAAGUUCUUGGCUACACAGGUACAGACAGUCUCCUAGAUGUGUGACAGAGAGGCUCCCCACGUGUUUGAGACCAGCUAGGUUUCACCAAUCUAGUGGAGCCAGGCCUGCCCAAGCAGAAAGACAAUUUGCUAUCCCCUCCCUCACUUUGUCGAAGUUGGAACUCAAAGAGAGACCGUAACCUCUUCGUUUGGUUUCGACUGUGCAACCCGUCUGACGAAAACUAGCCGCCCCCUGUCUUCCCUUGAAAAAAUGGCUGAAGACGGGAAGAGUUUUUUUUCCUCGAAAAAGAAGCACCACGCAGUACCGCCAGAUAGUGCGGGACACACCCCGCCUCCGUCAAAUGCAGAACGCAACUCUUCGGCUUUCGCCUCGUUGAAACCUGAAGAUGCCCGAGGCGACUUAUCUUCUAGUUCAAGUCAAGGCCAGCGCGUCCAAAUUGUCGAACAUGCGGUGAAGGCACUCUUUCAGCGUUCAAAAGCGCUGCGGGUCGCCUCAUCCUCAUCCGCGAUAUCCCUUGCGUCGCCGUACGAUGACACUGAAAAAUCGUCCAAACCUCCAACACACGGGCAAGACGAUGCUUCGGUCUCCCGAUCAGCAGUCGCUUUUGAAUCAGACGGGCACACGUCUUCGGAUGGUGAAGGGGUUGCAUUGUCGCCUGACACUUCGCACCCAAUUUCUUCCUCGAGCGUAUCGACCCUCCUGUGGGCGCGGAGCCUUUUUGGAGAAGAAGAAGAACCUCCGUCCAAGAAAAGGGGUUCGGCGCGAACUCUGCUCAGCAACGGAUCUAAAGGUGACUCGGAGUAUGACCCGUCGAAAGACGCAGAUCGGACACGAAUUGACGGGGAAGAACAGCUGGGGGAACGGCUCGAAAAAAUGAACUUCCGGUCACUCAGAGCUGGACCAGCGUCUGUGGGUGGUCUGCAUAUUCCCGUCAUCGCCACAUCGUUGGAUCUCCACAUUGCUCCAUUUUGGAGAACCAGAACUGAACAGGAGGCUCGCGAAGAGUGGCGGAAAACGCGGGCCGCGCUACGGAGUGACUUCAAAAGAAAACACAAAACGGCUGUCCGCAGUUUGAAGGGAAACAGUUCCCGUGCAUUUCAGAAAAAAGGCGGGUCGGCCGUGUCAUCGAAACUUUGCGAUUUUGAGAAAGCCGUGUCCUACUCUGCUUUUUGAUUGGGGCGGAAAUUUUCCUCGACUUGUCUGUUUCCUGUGUCACCAUUCAGUCGGUUUCCCCGCGCAUGGCAUACAUUUUGGACUUUUCUCGACAGUGGGGUUCGAAAGGGAAUACCCCCUGUCUUUUCGCCCUUUUUUUCUACCUCUCUUGUCAAGACGCGCCCGCGAUACUUACCAGAACCACGGCUUCUCUCCACUUCUGAAAGUUGGGCAACCGUCAAGUGAAUGCCUACUGCGUGCCCUCAACGGUCGCUUGAUCU